AGUCGCUGUUGUCGGAUAUCCGGAACAACGCUUAUAACUAAAGUCAGAAUAACAGCCACUGUGUAGCAGAAUGGCGACUUCAUCUAGUGGCGCUUACUUUCGGAGGUCCAGUUUUGUCUGGAUACUGAUUGUCACCCUCUCUAUGGGUUAUUUCACCUGGACAGUGUUUUGGCCUCAAGAUGUUCCCUAUGAGAGACUUGGCCCAGUUGGAGAAUUUUCAAAGUACAUGGUGGAACACCACUACACACUACUCUACCGUGGGUGGUGGGUAGCUUGGGCAAUUCACAUAGCUGAAGCACUCUAUUCCCUCAAAGUUUGCAGAGACAAAGGGAUAAACAAUAAGGCUAUUUGUGGAUUGUGGUUUUUACAGACUUUCUUGUUUGGAAUAGCCUCACUGUCUCUUCUACUGCAGUAUAAGCCACCUACGUCACGCAAGCACCAUUGAUGACUUUUUUUUUUUUUUUUUGUCAUUUACAUUUAUUAUCCCUGCUCUGGUAUUAUAAACACAAUCAUGUCAACAAUACAGUUAAUUAUGCAAACUGUUUCAAUGAGGUGCAGCCCCUGAAGUUCUUGAUUGAGCACAGUCAAGGUACAUUUUGUGUUACUCAUGUGCUGUCCUAGCUUCCAAAGUUGAUGUUAGUGUGUGAGAAUCUGAAUUUUAUCAGUGUUUGUAAAUCUGAAUUUUAUCAGUGUUUGUAAAGAAGCCUUUCCUUUCCUUGUUUUAUUACAUGCAUUGUGCAUGAUUUUACUUAACAUUCUUAAUAAUUCAUCAGUGUGCUCUGGAGAUAGGUAAAUAUCAUCUGAGCAGCAUCAUGAAUUACAGGUGCCUUAUGUAUUAUUGUUAUUAACCAUGAAUCUGCUGACUACAGAAUAAUUAUUUUGUUUGAGGUGUGUGGCCUGCAUGGGUAAGUGCCUGUUUGCCACAGUUUCUUUCUCACAUGCUUGAAUUCUCUUUAUGUAGCUGCAGUUCAUCAGGUGAAGAUUUUGUCUUUGUGUUUUCAAUCCAGACUUAAUGAUACCUGGCAGAGAUUGAAAUUUAUAACCCUGCCCAGUAGCUGCUUUUAAGUCAAAGUGGCCUGUGUGCUAUUUUGCCUUACACAUACUUGGGUAGUUGGGUGACACCCUGAUGUACUAUGCUGUAUUGAGAGAAAAAGAAGAAAUGAAACUAUAAAACCAACAGUAAACCUCGGCUUUUAUGGGUAUUACACGGUAGCAGCCCUAGGCACCAGUUGUUUUUGUUUUUUUUUUUUUUUAACCUAAAUCAACAUUUAAAUGAUUAUGUAUAUUACUGGCUACUAAUCUCAAGACUGUAGUGGAUUUUGAUCCACAGGUAUUUUCAAGAGUCCAAAAAAUGUUCACUUUUAUGGUAAAUAAAAUUAAAACAAUG